AUGAUUUUUGUAUUCAAAUGAGUCCUGCCCCAACCAGUUUGGGCAGUUACUCCAGCACCCAGGGGAGUGUCCAGGCAGCGACAGGACACGUAUCCCGCUGACGGCUGGAUUGGCCCAGCGAAUCUCGUCCAAAAUGGCCAAUGUCCCAUGUCCAACUGUGCGACUGUCCAACUCCUUCUCGUGUGGCCUCCGCCAAAGGGGUCAGCCCGAAAGGGCAACAGUUGA